AUGGCCGAACAAGACCAAACCCCAGCGCCCGAACACGACGCCCCCAGCCUUCCAGCAUCGCCUCUACCCAAACGUACCAAAUACACUGAAGCGGCCCCAAAUCUCAGCGUUGCUUCGAUCCUCAACGACGAUCAACCCACGCCAACGCCCGACCACACGUCUCUACCUCCUCAACCCACCACAAUGUCCAACCACACCACUCUCCUGUCAAUGGCCCCGGACCCCUUCCCAUCAAUUCCACCCAUGUCCGUCGAGCCCCCACCACCAGCUCUUCAAGUCAAGCUCCUCUCCGACACCGCCAAACCUCCCAGUCGAGGAUCCGCACAUGCCGCUGGCUACGAUCUCUACGCAUCGAAGGAGGCCACGGUCCCAGCAAGAGGCAAGGUGCUGGUGGACACCGAUAUCAGCAUUGCCGUCCCAGCAGGCACAUACGGCAGAGUCGCACCGAGGAGUGGACUGGCGAGCAAGCACAGCAUCGACACGGGAGCGGGUGUCAUUGAUGCCGAUUAUCGAGGCCCUGUGAAGGUGCUGCUGUUCAACUUCAGUGAUGCGGACUUCAAGGUUGCCGUGGGCGAGCGGGUUGCGCAGCUGAUCGUGGAGAGGAUCUACACCCCAGAAGUGCUUGUCGUCGACAAGCUCGAGGACACCGUCCGCGGCGCUGGCGGAUUCGGCUCGACUGGCGGCUUUGGUGGCACGCUUCCUGGUCUCAAUGGGCUUGCCUCUGCCGCGCCUGGUGCACCACCGGCAUAA